UGAUACUAGAACUUGUUGGAGUUCAACUUACAAUCUUUUAAAAAACCUUUUUCUUCUUCGUAAUGCUAUUAUACAGUUAGCUGAUGAUUUAAGGCAAAAAGCUCUCUUAUCAACUAAAGAAUGGAAUUCAUUAGACGAAUUAGCAAAACUUUUACAUCCUUUUACACAAGCAACAGGAUAUAUCGGAGGAAAUCAAUAUUCUACUUUAGGAAUUAUGAUACCUACCCUUAUUAAGCUUUCAUGCCAUUUAUGA